AUGGAGAAUAUCAAGGCUAAAAUAUCAGAGCUCAAAGCUAUUACAAUUAAAGGAAAGUAUGCUCUGUGGAACAGAGAGAUUGCACACCUAGAUAAAAUUAAGCGAAAUAUCAGCAGAGAAUGGCGUAAAGCAAGGAAAAACGCAGCAGAGGAUGCUGAGGAACUAUUCCUGAAGUUCAGAGAAGCUCAGAGAGAGCUCUCGGAGAAAAUCAGUUUGGAAAUAGCUGCGGAGGACAGGAAAAUGUAUGAUUACAUAGUCCGAUGUCCACGAAAUCUUAGAGCUAAGCGUUUCUGGAACUAUGUCAGGGAGUCCGACAUGGUGACAAAAAAAGAACUUACUACCAAAGACAAGAAUGGCCUUGAAGUCAGAGCCAGCAAAAUCCGAAGUCAUUUGACCGAGACGAUCGAAGAUCUUCUAGACGGACAAAAAACAGAAGCAGUCAAUGAGGGUGGAUACAAACUGUCCCAUCCUAUUAAAAACUUCGCGAUAUCCUACGAAGAUGUCAGGGGAGCUCUAGAAAGAGUGUCUCUCCACUCCUCGGCAGGACUAGAUGGGAUCCAGGGGCGAAUACUCAAACAUCUAGGAGAUGAAGGCUGUGAAUAUCUAGCUCGAGUCUACGAUGCAAUCGUUAAGGGAGAGGCUUCCUUACCCCGUGAAUGGGCGGAGGCCAGGGUGGCUCUAAUUGAGAAACCCAAUAGUAAACAAGGGAUCCUACAUAUAAUUAUAAACAAGAAAAUCCAAAAAUGGAUAGUCAAACACAAAAUACUGGGAGAAAUGCAACAUGGGUACAGAGACAAGCGUAGAGGUGAUGAUUGCCUCUUCAUACUCACAAGCGCCAUAGAAAUUGCGAGAAUACAGAACAUAGGACUUCUAGCGACCUUCCUAGACUGCACUCGAGCAUACGACAAAGUUUGCCGAACAAAGCUCUGGGAAGUCCUGGAGAAACACGGACUGCGUCGGGAGGUCAUAGAACAAUUGAAGUUACUAUACAAAGAGAAUACAGUUAUUCUCAAAACAGAGAAAGGUGACGGACAGAGUCGCCACACCGACAUGGAAAAACUUCUCCAAAUCACGUCUACCUCCGCUGAGGAAAGAGGCCUCAUAUUCAAUCCCGCCAAAUCUGCGGUUUUAGAAUUCAAUCGGGUAGACGACACAACCGAUGAGAUCUCAUACAUUCAGGGUAAGAUAAUCCCGAAGGAAAGGACUUAUAAAUACUUGGGCAUACAUCUAAGCACAGACGCAAACUAUCUCGAGGACCAGGAAAAAAUCUGGAAGGAGAGAACGCGCAAGGCGCUUUAUCAACUACAUGCUAAAGUGCUGUGGAAAUUCAAUCAUUUUGAAACGACGAAAAUACAGUGGAGAGCCACACGCGUUCCAGCGCUAACGUACACGUAA